AUGCCGCUUUUGAAGCCCACUGGCUCGCCCAUAAGGGACUAUCACGAGCUAGAUGAGAAUCGAGCACACGACCUCGAGGUUAAUAUAGCAGACGACCGACGAACUCGUUAUAUUAUAAAGUUUUUCAGAGUCAUCCGUAUUCUGGUCGAAUGCCUGGGGCUCCUCCUUACUAUACCCGUAUCGAUCAUUGAGAUUAUUGCAAUUUGUUAUUUAUGGAACCAAAAUAAAACCUUGGAUUGGGCAUCUAGGCACAAAGAGGCUAUUGGUGCUGUCGACAAGUGCCUGACCCUCGUAGCCUAUUUUUGGUCGCUGGCAUUUUCGCUCGCAACAUUCCCCAUGCUCCGCAAGAGAUUCCAAGUCGGAUGGAAGGGAGACUUGGUUGGCGUCAUUAGUUUGUUCUUAAUAGCUGCUCCACUGUGCAUGACGAUUGAAGCGUUCGCUCAGCUGGCUCAACGCACGUCGGAGCUGUAG